UGGCGGUGAAAUCAUGGAGAAGGAGCUCGCCGUCUAACUGCUCAUUGACCCCAGGAAGGUCUGCGACAUCCCGCCUUGGGAAAGAUAUUACAACCACCACAGUCUUAGUCGCGAAACUGUGGACGACAUCAAGGAUGUGAUGCUGAGUCAAUUCCGCGAGAAAAAGGGGAAGAUCUGGACGAAAAACCCUUUGGUUUUGGCACCCAUUUACAAGCCGGUGAUGCAUAGGUCGGACAAAGCUGACAGGGUUCACAAAGAUGUCUUCAAGCCAGAGGACAAGGACAAGUACUACUAUUACCCUGUUAACGGACAACACACCGUGGCUGCUGUGAAGGAGUUGGAGGGUGAGCCAAUAUUCGAUUUGCGGAAGAUGCACUUGUGGCCGGCGAGAGUUGUGUGGUUCUCCGACCGAGAUUUUGCGGGGUAUAGGCAGUGGAUGCCGCUCGUGACGGCCGGUGAUGAAGUCUUCCGCAAAGCCAUGGGGUUCUACGUGAAAUGGGCGGAGGGAAAGUUGUUGGGCGGCGACGGCAAGACGCCAUUGUCGAGGCCGGGCAAAUACAUGCGAGACAAAUCUCCGGGUCUGCAAGCAAUUCCAGAAAUUGGCUUGAAAGGGGCGGCUGGUGAAACGAAGAUGGGGUGGCUGGUCCGGGUCCCGCCGCCUCCGACCAAAAAGAAAACGCAAGCGGACGACAAGUUUUUCGUGGUCGUGAAGGAGCUAGACAUGUUCUGUUGGCAGUGUCUCGCCGACAUGACCGAUGUUGAGAAACUGUCGAUCCUCGACGACAUUCUCACACUAAGGGGAGUGUUCGUGCAAUCCGCGGGCGGGCAUCUGAAGCGUCAGCAUAAACCUGGAAUUAAAGACAUGGUCGCGACGACGAAAGUGGACCGUGUGAUGCUCCAUAUGUUUCACUACAUCUUGUUCCUUCAAACGGAGGAACACGAACGUGUUUGGCGCUACGGGCCCUUUUUCCGGAUCGAGGGGCGGCUUCUGGAGGAGUUCGGGCCGCAGGGCCUCACGAAACAGGUGUGGGUCGAAAUGCGAAAGCAUUUCCAGGACGCGGUGGAGUACGUGAACACUUGCAAACGUACUCUUCCGCACGAGAAGGAGUCCCUCGACGACGCGAAGAAAUUAUACGAGGACGACAGACCGCCUGGUCCGACCGACCUCGAAUACAGUCGACGGAGAAACCUGGUGUUCGGUGUGCUCAAUGGGUACCACGAUGCACCCAGAGAGUCUAUCUCGCAUUUCCUGAGAAGGCUGGAACACGUUUACUUCACGCUGGCCGAACCGCUCACCCUCGAAAACUACAGGUCACAGUUUGACGAGGAGAACCCUUUCGACGCUGAAGACAUGGAGGAGUUGAGCGACUCCGAAACCUUCGAUUUCGAGUCCAUGCCACUUCCUCGGGUGGUUAGACAGGCCGAUGGCAAGUGGAGUGGACUGAAGAGACUGGGAGCGGGUGCAUUUAAGAGAACGGCGAGACAUGCUCUGGUGGAGCAUUUGAGUCUUAUGAACCCCGAGAGGAACGAUCCGGACAUCGCUGCGUAUGCAGAACAAAAGCUAAAUGCGUUGUACGCCAACAACAUGUUGGAGUUUCGAGCGCCUUUCUACAUACUCGAAAUGGCACCGUCUCGUGGCAUUGACUGGUGCAUGUCGCAACCUCCGUCGGGCGGUCAGCAUCCGGGAGGGGGUGGAGGAGGAGACGAAGGAGACGGCGGAGGUGGUGGAGGAGACGGCUCACAGUUUGCUGGAAAGGGGACGGGCGAGACAUCGUCGGUAAAGAAGGCGUCCGGCAGAAAGGGGUCAGGCGGAAAGGACUCGGGCGGAAAGGGGUCGGGCGGGAAGGGGUCGGGCGAGAAGGGGUCGGGCGGGAAGGGGUCGGGCGGAAAGCGCAGAACGUCCAGGAGUCCCCAAUAUAUGGAAACUGACCCCCACUAUGUAGGGAGUCGAGAUUCGGACAUGCGAGACGACGCCACCCUGAGGAGCGAAGGUGCGACCUUUGGUUCCCUCGGCUCGGGCGACCUCCACAAACUCCGAAUACAUUCGGAUUUGUUGACGUCGCCCUCCGCCAUAAGUGGUCCUCACGCAACAGUUCCGCGGGGCCAAGAAAAUGUGACGUCCUGCCCCCCACAUCUUCAGUUGGACACAGGGUUACCCUGCUCGCCUCCGUUCUCAUGUGUUGAGACUCGAGACUGGCGGUCCCGCAACGUGCUGGAGGGGCCCGGUGCAGGAGUGUUGGAGACCGGGGGUGGCGAGUACGAACGUCAUACUCCUCGGGAAGAGGAGCGCUCUCCGGGAACGCGUGCUGUACAUCGGGAGGAGGAGACUCAACGCUGGCAGUCUCGCAAAGUGUUGGAGACCGUGGGUAGCGAGUGUGAACGUCAUGCUUCGGAGGGCGCCUUUGUGGACAUUGACAGAGAGAGUGCAGGAGCUCCGGGGGAAACGCAUGCUGUACAGCAAGGGGAGGAGACUCGAGCACUGGUGAUCGGGACGUCCGAAGAGGUUCUGCAUAGUCGGUCGGCUGUGGCCACAACGCGAGAGGGUGUCGUUAAGGGAGGUCAGUCGACGUUCGUGCAACCUCCCAUUCUUGGUGACGAUGAAGACGAAGAAGAACCCGCGGUGGAAGCUCGGGCUCAUGGCGAUGAGAAAGGCGGAGAACCCGUGGUGGAAGGCGUCGAGGUGACGGUCGACAUCCAGACGGAUCCGCAGCGGAAAUAUGGUGAUUCUUCGCCCACCUGUUGCGGUGAAGAACAGGGUGGUCGAGCGUCUGUCCUAAGCACCGCUCGGGGAACGGUGCUUCAUAAAGCCAUAGAGUUGGGUGACGACUCGGGUGCCACCGAGCUGGUUAGCGAUUCAGGCGUGGCCGAGGUGCAGAACCUCGAAUUGUCCGUGGAAGGCGGUAAGGUGGUCGUCAGCAUCAAGAUGGAUCCAGAGCGGAAAGAUCAUGAUUCUCCGUCCACCCGUUGCGGUGCAGAACAGGGUGAUCGAGCAUCUGUCCUCAGUACCGGUCGGGAAAUGGCACUUCAUGAACCCAUCGACUUGCCAAGCGACUCAGCUGCCACCGAGCUGGUUAGCGACACAGUCGUGGACGAGGUGCAGAACCUCGAAUCCUCCGUGGAUGUUGGCGCAGUGGCGCGACAGGAGGGCGAGUUCCCUGAAAGGGCUCCAGAACACGGUAAGAUUUAUGAAUAGGAGCACUCGCAUAUCUGUCACUAGCCAGCUCUGUGUU